CUUAUUAAAUAGAUAAAUUAUGACUUAGGUAUCGCACUGCUUGUCAAUUCAGCGAGACUUGCUGCUGUGAAUCAUGUCUGACGAUGAUUUGGAUCUUCUGCUGCUGGAUGGACCCCACUCUCCCACUGCAGAUGGAGCAGUCUUCCCGAGGGUCCCCAUGAAACAUGGCCUCAUCCUCAACCACACUCAGUGGCAACAGGGGGGCAAGGAGGGCCAGACGAACAGUGGGCCAGAGGUCACAGCUGCCUACGGAGGGGGAGGGGGAGGCAGGGGAGAGUCCACUGGGGGGUCAUAUGAUGUGGCAGGCAGUGUCGAACAGGAGGUGUCCAUUUCGAAUCCGAACACGACCACUGUCUCUGGAAGUAGUCAUCAGCUGUUCAUCAAUGCGUCUGAAGAUGCAAUGAAGACCUUGUUGACGUCCAUCUACGACCGGGGCUACCAGUUGUCGGGUCUGAACCGAGACUCAGUGGACUCGGACACCACCUUCACCGGCUAUUCCAGCACCUGUGAGAUGCGCACCGUGCACGCACUCGCAUCGGCCGCCGCCUCUCUCGGAACUGGGGCUGGAAUCGCCAGUCCCAAACUGCUGUUGAACUGCGACAGUUUGGCCCAGAAACAGUCGGAGAAGUCGCAGAGGUCUUACAUGAGUGACAAAUCUGUGCUGGAGCUGCGUGCAAUGAUAGCGGAGUUGCAGCACAGAGUGUCUCAGACCUCCUCACGUCUAGUGCGUCUGCUGAAGAAGAAGGACAAGCAGCUGGAGAGACAACACUCCUACUAUGACGUCAUCACUGCCUCCUUACAGGCAUCGUCACUCAAGAGAAGAGUGGAUACGCGUAUUAAGUUCAGCAUUCUACCUCAACCAGGAAAACGCGCAUUCAGACAGUGGCACGAUGCCCUGCGAGCAAUGUGCAGACUCCCUUCUGGAAUACCUCGGCAGCUGCGCAAGAAGGUGUGGCUGUGUCUGGCAGACAACUACUUGCGCCAUCUGCGCAUCGACUGGGACAAGACAGUGCGCUACACUUUCAACGACAGAUCAAACCCAGACGACGAAAAACUCGGCAUCCAAAUCGUCAAAGAUCUGCAUAGAACUGGUUACAGUGGCUUCAGCAGUGGCGAAGGAGCGGAAGCAGGCAGAGCAUUGCUCAAACGAGUGCUGCUGGCCUACGCCCGCUGGAACAAACAAGUAGGCUACUGUCAGGGCUUCAAUGUCCUAGCCGCCACUCUGCUGCAGGUAUGCGAGGGCAACGAAGGCGACGCUCUGAAGCUGAUGAUCUACUUGAUAGACCGAGUGUUGCCACAGAACUAUUUCUCACACAACCUGCGUGCACUAUCAGUCGAUAUGGCAGUCUUCCGUGAACUACUGCGUGAACAGCAGCCGGUGUUGUCGGCGCAUUUCGACAAGCUCCAGUCUCUGGCCAACAGUGUCCCCUUCUCACCCAACCAGACAUGGCAGAGUCCCUCGGCAGCCACUUAUGAACCCCCUUUGACUAAUGUGUUCACGAUGCAGUGGUUCCUGACUCUGUUCGCCACCUGUCUGCCCAAGGCCACUGUGCUGAGAGUAUGGGAUGCGAUUUUCCUCGAGGGUUCCGAGAUGCUUCUCAGAGUGGCUUUAACACUGUGGGACAAAAUAUCUUAUCGUAUUCUGGCGGUGGAGAGUGCGGACGAGUUCUACUCUCUCAUGGCACAAGUACAGCAGGAGAUGUUCGAGUACGACCUCAUUGACUGCGAACAACUCAUCGAGACAAUGUACUCGAUGGGCCCCAUUCCCCUUCCCAAUGUGUCAGAACUACGAGAGAAAUACACCUACAACAUAACCCCCUUCUCCCCAAUGCAUUCAGCGUCUGCUGGUGUCACCAAACCAGGAUCCAAGACCUCCUCCGCCUCCACAUCUUCUAGUGGUGACAAACUGGGAAGAGUAGUGCAAAGCGAUGAUGAAGAUGACACGGAUGAUCGCAACGCACUUCUCAAGUGCUUCCCAGCCCCAUUCUUGUUGCCGGCCAAUAGUGCGUCGUCGCCUGUGAAGAACGGGACGAACAGUGGCUCCAAGGAGAUAUUCAGUGGAGACGAGUCUAGUGGAAGUGGCACUGGUCUCAACCAGACUGGAGUGGGGGGAAGUCAAGACAGGUCAGUGGGGGGAGGGGGAGGAGGGAGAGGAAUGGGGGCUGCGAGUGGCGCCGGCGGUGGGGGCACGGGAGACCAGUUGAAGUAUGCCAGUCCAGGCGCUUACAGCAGUCCCUGCGACCCCCGACUGCCCUCGGUGGCGCCAUUGGAGAGGAUGUCGACCGACAUCCACGCCCUGAAGAAGCAGUACUCCAAAUUGCAGCAGAGAAUGCAACAAGUGCAUGUCAUCUACUACGACAAAAAGAACCCCAAUGGUGGUCGGAACUCGAUUGAUGCCAACAGCAGUCCAGCCUCCGGAAACUCCUCGGGUGGGUCGCCGACGAGCCACAAGCAGCCGCUGGAAGUAGUGAACUGCAUGAAGACCAAUCUGGCAAUCAACCACCUGUUCGUGCUGAACAAAGACCACGCCAAGACCCAGCUGGCACUGACACCAUCCACUGGCAUAGACACCAAUCAACCUGUCAAUCAUUUAACCAUCAAACCCUACAUUCCUCCAGAUCCUCUUCUCAAUAGAAGGAACUCCUCGCAGUCGCCGACGGACGAGAUCUACAGACAGUCGGUCUCAUCCCCGACCACUAAUUGCUCGCCACUAAAAUUGAGUCCGGCCAAAAUGAAGACUCUAAGUGAUAGAUCCCGCGUGAAGCGUAAUGAAAUUGACAGUCUGGUUUCACAAAACGGAAGACAAUCAUCGACCAUCGAUUCUCUCAAUCUAGACGACCACUCUUACCACGAUUCACACAUGAAUCCAUUCGAUUCCGACUCGCCACGUGAGCCACGAGUAAGUUCGCCUCGUUCCUCCGCCAAAAAUUUUCAGAGUGAACACGAGAACGGACGAGCCGGAACUCCGGAGAGCCAAAAUCACCCGGAGAGCAGCGCGUACUCGACCGAAGACGAGGGAUCUCAUUUCGCCAAUUCAUCGCUUAGACGAAACAGUCAGCAGUCGACACCUAAUUUCUCAACCAGUAAAAGCGAACAGUUUGAUUUUGAAAGCGAAUCAAAAAGCAACCAAAAUUCCCCGUCCUCGUCCGAUAAGUUGGAAAGGACGCCGAGUAUAAAGCCAGCGUCACAUGCGAUUAGUCAAAGGCGCUUGUCGGCAUGUAGUAAAACGGCGUCGGCAUCGCAAAUGUACCGAAAACCUCCGUUGAAGCCGAACAUCCGACCAAAUUUAGGCAUGAACGACCGACCAAGGAUAUACAACCCUUUUCCAGUAAAUUACGUCCAUAAUAGUAAACUGAAGAAAGGCAAAGCGUUGGGAAUGUAUCCGGCUGCGAAGUCUUCCGACAGUGGAGUGGGCGAAAAGGAGAAAAGUGGGUCCGGUUCCGGGACUGGAAAAAGCGGCAGUCAAGUCUGGAAGUAACUAGACGUGAGAUAGAUCUUGGUGAUGAUUUAGAGUGGACUGAAACUGCGUGAACUUGUAACUUGGUUUGAUGUAGAUACAUUUGGUGCUAAAUUAGUCGUAUCAUGUGCAGUAGUUAACUCUGAUGUUUGUUAUAAUAUCGUUUAACUGGAUGUUAAUUGUAUAUACUUCGUCUAUUUUUGUUUGGCUGGUGUAGGUCAGUUGUUCCAAUCUGGUAUUCUACUAAUAGCUAUGUUUAAGCUUUAUUGAAUUCUUUCAAAUUGAAAUAAUAAAUUGUGAAAUGGUAUUGGUAUAUAUAAACCUUAAAUUUUA